CUAGCUGCUUGUAAUAUCCCGACCUAUCGUUCACCCACGGUGCUCAGCGAGCCCGUGUUCGACUUCCCGCCGACCCAACAGAACAGAAGGCGUGCUCGAUUGAAAGAUGUCGAACCAGAGCCAGCCCCCUGCUGCUUGGAAGGCGGCCAAGCCGUUCGUGAACGGUGGCCUGUCCGGCAUGCUGGCGACUUGCAUCAUCCAGCCUAUUGACAUGGUCAAGGUCCGCAUCCAGCUGGGCGCCAAGGGCAGCCCGCUGGCUGUCGGCGCUGAGAUCGUCCGCAAGGACGGCGUCGGUGCCCUGUACAAGGGCCUGAGCGCCGGUCUGCUGCGUCAGGCGACCUACACGACCACUCGGCUGGGUAUCUUCAACAUGAUGUCGGAGGAGCUCAAGGCGCGCAACAACGGCCAGAACCUGCCCCUGUGGCAGAAGGCCGUGGCCGGCCUAUCGGCUGGUGGCAUUGGCGCCCUGGUCGGCUCCCCCGCCGAUCUGACCCUGAUCCGCAUGCAGGCCGACGCCACCCUGCCCGUUGAGCAGCGCCGCAACUACAAGGGCGUUGCUGACGCCUUCAUCCGUAUCGUGAAGGAGGACGGCGUAGGUGGCCUGUUCCGCGGUGCCGCCCCCACCGUGGUGCGCGCCAUGUCGCUGAACAUGGGCAUGCUCGCCUCCAACGACCAGGCCAAGGAGGCCAUCGAGGCUGCUGGCUUCCCCAAGGGUGGCACCGUGUCCGUGCUGGGUGGCGCCACCAUUGCCGGUUUCAUCGCUUCGGCAUUCAGCCUGCCGUUCGACUUCAUCAAGACUCGCCUGCAGAAGAUGACCCCCAACCCCGACGGCACCAUGCCGUACAAGGGCCCCAUCGACUGCGCCCUGCAGACGCUCAAGAACGAGGGCCCCCUCAAGUUCUACACUGGCUUCCCGACCUACUGCAUCCGCAUUGCGCCGCACGUCGUGUUCACGCUCGUGUUCAUGGACGCGCUGCCCAAGGUGCAGAAGAACUUCGGCCUGUAAGUGUUAUGCUUACAUUUCCAUGGCACGGACUGGCAUCCCUGGCGCCUGCAUAAACCGAGCUUAGAGGUGUGAGCCAAGAAUGCGACAUAAAGUGCGACCGCUGACGGAAUGUGCGUUUACCAGCGCUAGAGGCAACUGCUAGCUUAUCAGUGGUGCACUGCUAUGCCAGCGCAAGGUCAGGGUAGUGGUACUGGUCGUUUCUUGUUUUGUCGUGCAGCCGUGAGUGAAACGGAGUGUACGAGGAUGUGGGCAAGUGGUGUGUGAGUGUGCAGUCGUUGUUGUGAUGUGGCUUGAGCUGAUUGUGAGUCUUUAGGUCGAACGCGUAUUUGCUGAAUGGUCUAAUGAUGCGAAGAUGUUGAGCGUGGAUGCCAGAGUGGCAUUGGAGGCGGGACACGGGAUACGAGCGCCGUGAGCGCUCAUGUGCUACGACACCGGGGACGCACUACAGGCGUUGCGGCUGCACGGGGGCACUUGAGUCGGCAAUGCAAAGUGCUUGCGUUGCCGGCAAUGGGCGAUGUGUUGGAUCAAAACGUCCGUCCCUAACAUCUGCUCGGCUCCCCCAUUGACCUUUACCGUAUAUGGGUGCGCUGAGCUGUGGAGGAUUCCGCUGCGGGGGUGGGAUGGGGGUCGGGCAAGGCUGGGGGCCUGCGGGGGAUUGGGUUAGCGGCACAGGUCAGCCAGGGUCACGGCACGGUCACUCGUGCCCCGAGCUUGGAUGCCAGGCCAAGUCUUUCUCUGCAAUCGUCGCCGACCUGGAAGUAAUCAUCAAACAGUAUCUACGAGAUGUAUAUACCGCGUGGGACAUAUACAUGCGUUUUCCUCCGGCGCGCAAGCACCGGUACGCGACUUGAGGCACUUUCUGGUCAGGCGAGACGUGUCCUCCCUCACAUUCCACCCCAACAUGUGAUGACGGGCAGUGGGCUCCUGACGUUCCCCAGCCUUAUGGUAGGCUUCUGACGUUCCCCAGCCUUCAAUCCGGCAAUGUAAGGCCAGGCGUGA